AUGGACCCUAAAGAGCAAAACCAGACUAUGUCAAGAGAUGAUAUUGACGUAAUGAGAAACCAGUUGAACCAACUCAUAGAGGUUAUGGUAGCUUUGGCAAAUAGAGAGGACAACAUUCAACGGACUGUCGUCACUGGAAAUGUCAUUCCACCUCAAGUGAACAAUCGAGCUCAACCUCAGCCUGUUCGGAUCCCUUUUGAGAACCCUGCUAUACAAGAGCAUCACAUUAUCCAAGAUGGACAUUACUCACCUCAUGAUGCAAUUAAGUAUCAUAGUUUUACAUUCUCAGAGCCAAAUGACCAAGGGGCAAUCUUGGUGAGGAAGACCAAGAGACCAGAGGUUAUUGAGAUUGUUGAAAAGUACCAUGUGCUGAAUGAAAGACUGGAAGCUAUAGAGGGGCAUGAUUAUUAUGAUCUGGAUACUUUAAACAUGUGUUUAGUGUCUGACCUGGUUUUACCCCCGAAAUUUAAAGUACCCCACUUUCAGAAGUACAAAGGGGAUAGCUGCCCAAAACGCCAUUUGGUGAUGUUCUGCCGAAAAAUGACCUCCUAUGCUCUCGACGAAAAGCUAAUGAUUCACUAUUUUCAAGACAUUUUGAGUGGGGCAUCAUUGAGUUAG